GUCCAAGAAGAGAGCUGGUGGGGGAGGCGACGAGCCAGCUUUGAUCCGGGAGCUCAUUGCAGUCAUCACGAAGCUCGGUCUGAAGAGCGCGCAGGAGAUAAGGGCCGUCAUGGGCGUCACCUUCGUGUGCUUCUUGUAUGAUGUCACCAUCGAUAUCGCGCAGUCUGUGGCAACCCAGACCACGAAGCAUGCAGACCGCACCAGGGAAGGCCAGGGCACGGCGAAGGAAAUGGAGGCUCACGUCUGCGCCGCGAUCGUUGCCAUCUACGCGAAGAAGCAGGCCAAACGCAUGUGCGGCCAGGCACCCGAGGGCUCUUUUGAGAAGAGGGCGCAGGAUUUCCUGACCCGGCCAGGAAUGGACAAGCAGUGGUUCCGGCAGCGUCUGCCAUCGCAG